GCUCGUAGAGGAAGGCGAGAGGGACCGCGCCGUCGGGGGCGGGACGGGUCCAGGGCAUCGAGGUGCGCCUUGGUCCUUCCCCACAGUGUGCACCAGCAGGCGGUGGCUGGGAAUGCCCAACUUCAGUCUGAAGAGGGUUAAAAAAAAGCGACUGCCUCUACUUCUUGCCUCCUUAAAACACACACUGAGGUUUAGCCAUGGGCAGCCGCGACCACUUGUUCAAAGUGCUGGUGGUGGGGGACGCCGCAGUGGGCAAGACGUCGCUGGUGCAGCGGUAUUCCCAGGACAGCUUCAGCAAACACUACAAGUCCACGGUGGGAGUGGAUUUUGCUCUGAAGGUUCUCCAGUGGUCUGACUCAGAGAUGGUGCGGCUCCAGCUGUGGGAUAUCGCAGGACAGGAGCGCUUCACCUCUAUGACACGACUGUACUAUAGGGACGCUUCUGCCUGUGUUAUCAUGUUUGAUGUUACCAAUGCCACUACCUUCAGCAAUAGCCAGAGAUGGAAACAGGACCUGGACAGCAAGCUCACACUGCCCAAUGGAGAGCCCGUGCCCUGUCUGCUCUUGGCCAACAAGUGUGAUCUGUCACCUUGGGCAGUGAGCAGGGACCAGAUUGACCGGUUCAGUAAAGAGAACGGUUUCACAGGUUGGACAGAAACAUCAGUCAAGGAGAACAAAAAUGUUAAUGAGGCCAUGAGAGUCCUCAUUGAAAAGAUGAUGAGCAAUUCCAGAGAAGAUAUCAUGUCUUUGUCCACCCAAGGGGACUACAUCAAUCUACAAACCAAGUCCUCCUCCAACUGGGCCUGCUGCUAGUAGUGUUUGGCUUGUUUUCCAUCCCAGUUCUAGGAGGUCUUUCCAUCUCUUUCCUUUGAUUGCCCACCCGGCAGUUUUAUUAAUUACAUUUGAACUGUCUCCUUCCAACUGUCCAGUAAGGAGGUCCAUCUCACUUAGAAAAAACAGCUGGGACCCAGGUGCAUUUCUGCAUCUCCUGGAUGUUGGCUCUGACUUGCUGCUGGUUCAUGUGACUAGUUAGUGCCUUCAGUAUAAGAAAGAUCAUCUCAUCCCUCAAUUUGUGAUCUGGAAUUUUGUGGGAAGGAUUAGAAAUCCACAUCUGUGUUUUUAAGGAUUAUAACCCUCACCUACUUUUAAGCUUA